GCUUCUUGGUUUUGUGAGUGUUCAUUUUAUAGAACUGUAAACUGUUAUGGCGUUUGUGUCCUAAUACACAACGCAAAUCUACAUCUCUGUUGAAAAACAUAAAGUGAACCGUUUUAAUUGUGUGUUAGACGUAAUAAAAUCAUGCCCGUGAUACAAAAAUAAGUAUUUUCUCAAGUUAAGACACCUGAUUGUGAGGGCGUAUUGUUUUGUAGGUUAUGUUUCCAUCUUUUAUUGGUAUUUUAGAUAUUCAAUCAUGGUGGGAAGUACCCAGCAUCGCGUAUUUUUGUUCUUUAUUCAGGACUGCAUUCAAUCUUCUAGAUUUUGACAUAGAAGAACUGGAGGAAGCCCUCCUAACUGAUGGAACAGAAGACACGGCCAGUUCUCUCCUUACAGAGCUUAUCGUACGUCUUCUGAAUGGUUGUUUGGGCAACAAUGACAUCUCAGCCUUCAAUUAUCAGAUGUAUUUGAGGCGUUUAUUUAGGAGAAAAUGUCAAGAAACAAGCAGAUACAAUCCCUUUGAUUCUGAUAUUGAUUUCCAAUUCUUACCUCUUCGGACAAAGGUUGAAAUCCUUUAUGCUUUGUGCGACUUUCGUUUAGAUGCUGAUGAUGUCUUCGACUUGUUUAAAAACCUUGAAGCUGAAAGUUUGAGAGUUGAGCCACUGGGAUGGGAUGACAAUGACUCUGCAUACUGGUACUUUUAUGGUACAAGAUUAUAUCGAGAAGAUAUUGUAAAAAAGCCAAAAGGAAAAAGUAAGAAGAAAAAAUCUAAAGAGGGAAAAAAGCGUGGGUGGUUCUAUGGGGAUGACUGGCUUGAUGACGACGAUACAGAAAGAGUGUGGCAAGUGGUAUGUUUCACUGAAGACGAUUGGACCCACCUGACAGAGAAGUUUAGCAGGGCUAACAGCAAGGUUGAGAAAGAACUCUACCGCUCUCUGUCACAAAAUUUUCUACCUGAAAUACCAAGACUCUUUCAAGAAAAGGAAAGAUUACAACGAAAACGGUUACUUGAACUAGCCCCACGACGUACCUCAAGUAGGGUUCUGCAAAAAAUCAAGCAGAAGGAAGAAGACAGUAAGAGUUCACAUGACCUCGGGGACGAAGAAGACAGCAAGGAGACCCCGCAUCUUGCUCGCGAGAACAGAGCUAAGAGGCGAAAUCUAAUACGAUCUAAAUCCGCAUCAUCGGUUACAUCAGACAGUUCAGACAGCGACAAAUCAGAGAUGCCGUUGAAAAUGACUAAACGCUCUAAGAGCCAUGACAAGCGGUCAAAAAACUCCUCUGCUACACACAAAGGCGAACCUCCACCAGAGCCGCCCGUAAAAACCGGUCGAAAAACAAAUAACUCGCUCGCGUCCGCCACAGGACAAAUUCUGAUCCCAGAUAAUGACGAACCUCCAGUAAACAGCACCAGGAAAAAACUCAAGACGUCGCAAAUUUUUAGCCAAACCGAAGAGGAUAUACAAACAGAUAUGUAUAAAGUACUGGAGCAGCUGACUAACCACGAAGAUGCUUGGCCGUUCAUGGAUCCAGUCGAGGAGGAGUACGCUCCUAACUAUUAUGCAGUUAUCAGACGCCCCAUGGACUUGCGCAAAAUGGAGGAGAGGCUCGACACUGGCUAUUACACCGACUUCGCCAUGUUCAAGGCGGACUUUAAGCUCAUAGUCAACAACUGUCGCCUGUAUAAUGGACAGGACAACGAAUAUACCACGAUGGUAGACAACUUGCAAGCUGCUUUUGACCGCCUCACUGAAAAGUACAUGCAUAGACUAUCUUCAUCUGAUGAAGAGAUAGCAGUGGAAUAUCAGUUACCAACACCUUCACGAAAGCAUAAGCUAAAAUCAAGCGAAUCUCCCAUCAGGCACAAGAGGAAGAAACGUAAAUCUCAUUCCGAAUCCGGUGAGCCGAAAACAAGUUCUACCGAGCAAGAAGUGGAAAUAAAGAAUCACAAAGAAAAAGACGAAGAAAAACCUGAAGCUGUUGAAAAGAAGCCUAAAGAAUCUCACAAAAGUAAAACAGGAAAAGGGAAGAAAAAGCGAAAGGGUCAUCACCAUCAUCACCGCCAUGGCAAACAUUCCAAAAACCACAAGAAGAAUUCCCGUAAAUCGGGACAUGGCGAGUCAAAAAAGCAUAGUAAGAACAAAAAGCAUGGGAAGAAUAAAGAUAAAGAGGCGAAGAAGUCCAAGCAAAAGAAGAAGAAGAAUAAACACCAUGUUGAGCCUCAGCCAGUUGAGGUCGAACUGAAACGCAGCGCCUCCCAAGAGUCCCUAGAGAGUUCAAAUCGAAGCCGUAGCGCCAGCCCGCUGCCCUCUAUACAUACUCCGUCGCCGUCACCGACAGAGUUGGAACUGCCCGAACACUCUGACUAUCAGACCGAGGUUAACGUCGAUCCAGACUUCUAUAAAGACAAAUAUGACAAAAUAAAGGAAAGACGAAGACAUGCAGCUAAGGACGCAUGGGAAUCUCUUUUUGAUUACAAACAAAAGUCGGUUGAUAAGCAAAAACAAAAUUUGAAUAUACCAGAAAAAGAGAAAAAUCAAAAACUACGCGAAACAAUCGAAAAACUAAAAGCUAAAAAUGAAAAAUACAAAGGGGGCUCACUGUUUAACAACUUAUUCUCGCAAAAUCGUGGUAGCGCAGACAAGGGCUCAAACGCAAGUGCUAAAGAGUCUACAAGUAAUGGAGACGCCCGUGAUCUUUCGGAUAACGAAAAUGCUGACAGUGCAAAAGAAAAAUCUGCUAAAAAAGGAACUAAAAAGAAUACAGCUAAGAAUGAAUCAGCUUCAGAAGCAUUGGAACUUGCUGUCAAGGAAAUCAGCAAAUGGCUUGAGGAUGCUCCAAAAGCAUCUGUAGGAAGUUCACCUUGUGAUAGCCCUGCACAGACUAUAUCUACCGAAGAACACGAUAACAGCAGGUUAGAUGAUGAGUUCUCCCAAGGAGAAAAGUCUAUACUUACCCGGAAGGAGAUAUCUCGCAAAAGGCCUUCGUCUCGCGAACCGAAACUGGUAAAACGAAGGGAAAUUCAAAGAACAAUUGAAAGAUUACAGCCUGGCAAAAGCAAGGGCAAUUUAUUAACGAAUACUAGCAACAAAAAUACAGAGAAAGCUGAGGAAACAUGUCCAACAGGUCCUCUUACUAAAGUUCGUGAUUCUAGUAAAGGUGAAGAGUCUAGUCCCAAGCUUAGUCUUGGAUCAGUAUUGCCAACUGUGGAAUUCACUCUGGGCAAGGACCAUAAUUUCACCAAUGAUGAAGAAAAAAUCGAAGACAAAAAGGAAACUGUUCAAAACGCAGUAAUUGAACAAGAUACUAAAAUGGAAGAAGAAACUACCACUAAGAAGAAGCCAGAAGAAGUCAAAGUUCAACCUGAUAAAAGGGAUGUCGAAAUCGAAACCGACCCUUUGACUCCUAAACCAAGUCAAGAAAAAGCUACUCCAAACCUAAGUGCUUGGUUUAAAGCAUUUGGUGCCCCUAAAAGUACCAACCCAACUAUAACAUCAGCCAAGAAAAAAACGGAAGAUACUGAGGUUGAAGAAAAACAAACAGAAACCAAUGAUAACAAAUCUACCAGUCCCAAAAACGUGACAAAGUAUGAUUCUCCAACGGAUCCAGAUACGCCAUCUGGUGGUGACAGCCCACUACCUAGCGUGAGCGCUACCCCGCGACAGAGACGAACAAGUACAGGCAGUUCCGUGUCGGAAAGGUCUUCAUUCAGUCAAGAUCUCGAUUCUCCUAGACAUCAAAUGUCUCAUACAUCUCCUCUGCUACGUUCACCUGCUUCACCUAGAACAGAUGAAUUCCAGAAGAUUACUUAUCCAAUUAUCAAUGGGACUGUAAGGGCUGGCUUCUACCAAGACACUACUUCCAUGAAAAGCAGCCCAGAAAAAAGUUGCAGCCCCCGUGAGGGUCCUCAGUCUCCAUAUUCACCAUACUCUCAACAUGUGUAUGCUUCUAAUAGUGCAAUGGGUUCAGCUACUCCUAAUUACUUCGUAGAUCAAAAUAAAAGCCCUCUUCCGACGUAUGGCCAAAAUCCGCCUCAAUACUACGAAUCAGGAAAAACUUCGCACGCCAACAAACCUCGUAACGAAGACUACGCAGCUUUGGGGCCUGAUUCUUAUCAGCAGAACCAAUAUGCUGACUCCUACUCCCCAGCACGUUCGCCAUACUCGCAGCCUCCUACUCCGAAUUAUACCCAAACACAAACGCGGUCGACAACCUCGGACACUGCAUCUUCCAUUAAUCCUGUACAAUCCAUACCAGACCCGAAAACUACACUCUUCCCUGUUAAGAAGCGAACAUACAAUACCAACGAACCCGAUAUAAUAACCGUCAAAAAAGAAUGCGAUUCUAAUGACAUCACUGGAAGUAUGCCAAACAAAAAUGAGUAUCAAAAAUUAACGCAAUCGUUACAUUCUAUGUCGUCACUAACUACUCCAUCAGUUGAUGAUAUUGCAUUAGCUUUAAGUGAAAAAUCUGAAUUGGCCAAAUUGAAUAGUUUACGUGAAAAAGUAAAUGAAUAUGUCGACCGACAUGUAACAGAAAACAAAGACAUCCAUGCAUUCAAUAAUGAACCUGCGCAUCAUGUUAAGAAAGGUCCCAACAGUGAAGUACAACCAAUCUGUAUUAGAAGUGUUAAAAAAGAUAAUGUAGAUAUGGUUAACAUGGGUUACAUGAAUCCAGAGGCAGAUAGAAGAAACAGCAGCGAAACACAUGAAGUCGAUUUUUCGAUGACGAGAGAUAUUCACAAAGUAAACAUGAAUAAUGCUCAUCAACCAAAAGGAUACGAGGUUGACGCCAUUGCUAUGAACCUGGGCAUGAACAGCCAACAAAUGCAUAAAAUGAUGUCAAAAUCUAACAUGACGCCUCCUAACAUACAACCAGCACAUUCACAUGAGAGAACACAUAACGAAUCAUUAAAUAUGGCGCAUGUACAUCACAAUCAGUAUGACUCUAUUGCCAGUGGUCAAUCAAUCAGCAAUUUCUCACUAACUGACAUAGAGCUGGCCAACAAGAAGCUGUAUGCAUGCAACCCAACUUCAUCCACAGCUGCCCUUGACUAUGGUAACUGGAAGAUGACUAAUCAAAUUCGUAAACCAGACUUAUUGCCAUCUGACUACUCUAAUGCAUACAGCGCAAAUGUUGAAAAAAUUAAAUCUGAUAUCAAUGCUGCAAAUUCUGCAGUGAUUAAUUACAAUAAGAAUUUACAACAGCAGUACAAUAACUACAACAUACCCAGGACAGGCAUGCAAAGGUCACAAGAUCUUCAGCAGAAUCUCCAAUCGGAAUUGAGAAUACCAAAUCCAAGAGGACUGCUCAAAACUGAUAUGAAUGUUUCUACUGCAAUUAAUGAUACUGAUUUGAUCACUAAAAACAUGGAUGCCCUGGCUAAAUCUCAAAAACCUGAUAAACUCGUGCAAAAUCACCCACUGAUUGGUUCGAUUCCAUAUAAAACUCCCUACAGCACUCAUUCUUCACUACCCCUUGAUAGUUUGAGGAAUUUGCCCAAUAUUCCUCAAAUGUUGGAACGAUAUACAAAUGAUGAAAGAUACCUUUCAAGUUUUGCUGGCAGCAGUGCAGCUCUAUACCAUGACAAAACCUUUCAAAUGGCUCAAAUGUUUAACAAGAGCAUGUCAUCAGAAGUCCACCCCUCUAGCACAACUGCCAGUAUAUAUUCUCAGCCAUCCUCUGUAACGAGUAAAGACAACAACAUUUAUAAAUCUUCCGCUAGUAUCAGUUCUAUUCAAGCGGACGGGAAACCUAAGACGAAGAGAAAGAGAACAUCUGAUCCUAAACCAAUGCCUAUAGUGGGAGCUCAGACCUUCCACACACCUUGCAGCACCGAUGUGCUAUCUUCGGUCAAGACAAGUAUGAUGCCAGGCAGUGCAUUUACGUUUGGGACGUCGCCAAACAUGUCCCUCGGAGGAGGAUUAUACGGAGAUAAUAGCGGAUUUACAAUUGAAGACUUUCGUAACAGCACGGCAAAUCAAUUAAUGGCAGCGAAUUAUAUGGCAGCUGCAGUGGCUCACCAACAAAGGAAUAACGUCGAAGCAAGUGCCGAAAAAUUGGUUAAACCAGCUCAUCAGAAUUCGAGUAGCUCAUUCCCUUUCAUGGGGCAUUCCCAGGUGAGAGCGGGCUACCCGUUCGUGGGCGGGGAGUCGUCGUCGCCGCUCUACCAGCAGUACUUGCAGCGCCACCAGGAGGAGCUGCUGCGGCAGACGGGCGCGCAGAUCAUGGGUCUCUACCCGCCGGGCUACCCCGCCGCCCUCGGCGCGAGACAACCAUAUGACUCUAUCAACCGACCUUCGUGGCUCUAGAUGCUACAAUAGAAUACAUUCGUAAACAAUCCUUAUUAUAAUAAUAAAUGUGACAAUUGUUAUAGGAAAUUGUUAAUUUAUAUUGUUUGUAGAUUGAACAUAGCAUUUUGAAAAUAUUUUAUCAAUGUCUUAUUUACAAUUGUAGUAUUAUAAUAAUUCGCUUGGUUAACUGUUCUCAUCAUGAAUUGAGGUUUCUGUCUUGGUAAGCUAUGAUAAUGUUGCUUUUAUAUCUUGUAUUAUUGAUUGGACGUGAGGCUGUACUUUGUCUUGUAUUGAAUUGCUUAAGUGAUUGUUGAAUUAGUUUCUUACUACCUAACAUAUAUAUUGGAGUAGCGUAAAUAUUAUUGCGAACAAAUUUUAGAUUAACCUAUUAUUGUAUUUUUGAAUGUCUACUGUUUUAAUAAAGACCAGGUCUUGUUUAUGAAUAUAGAUCAUGUAUCCAAUGAAAUCAAAAAUGUUUUGAUGUUGUAGGCGCCACAAUUGCAAUAUCACUAAUAGUAAUACAUUUUAUUAAUAGAUAUGUUAUUUAUCUUAAUACAUGUUAUAAAUCACUGAUUUCAACGCUUUUAAGCUUUUAGCUUUAAUUUAUAAUGAAUAAACAAUUCGAAAUAUAUUGCUUUCUAAAGUUAGUUCUAUUUUAAUAUUUGUUAUUUAAUAAUUAUAAAUUUUAUGUUCUCUACUUAUUUCAUAUUGUUGUGUAAAUAUUUCACGAUUUCGUUUAAGAUCACCAUUUUAUUAUGAGU